AUCAUUGAAUUCAUGUGACGGUUGCAAUAGAAGAGGACGCCUGGUCGUCGAUGAAGUUGCAAUUGGAGGCGGAAGAUUUUUUUUUUGGUUUUUACACCUGCACCUGUGAUCGCGGUUGUCAGAUCCAAAUUCCGCAAAACGCAUUGUGUGUGACAUCAUCCGUCGACAGACACUCGAACUUUUCUAUCAAAGGAACUUCUACGUAACGCGAAAACGAAGACUGAAGUGUGUGUUUAAAAAUAACUAUUUUCUCUCGAUUUUACAUAUCUUAGAGUGCGCGAGAUGCGGAUCUAGCAGCAUCCGUCGUUUUCCCAGAAAAUUGCAAAGCCGGUCGAGUUAUGAGAUUCUCGGUUUCGCUCUCUUGUUCUCCGAUACUGCCGUGAGAUCAGUGCCGUGAGGCUAGAGGCCAAUCCACGCCAAGAACCAGCCGAACUUGCCUGCCAGGUGGAGGUCGUGCGGGAGAUUCCACAUCUUCGUCCUCGCUUGAAGAGCCGUCUCCGGAAGAUAGCAGAAGCGUAACGUGGUUCCAGAAUGGCGCGAGCAUCGGUGUGGGUCCUUUUAGGACUGGCGCUGCUCACCUUUUCGGUGCAUGAUCUCCACGUCAAAGCCGAAGUCCCGACAGAGUAUGAAUGUCGACCAUACAUUGAAAAAGCAUUACAGGACAAACUAAGAACAGAAUCGGAAACGACAACUAGCAACGACGAGGAGGUAGUGACACCGGGUCCCGGUAGUCAAGAAUCGCUAAUAGAUGCCACCAGUCAAGAAGAAGAGGACAACACUGCCGCCGAGGAAACAAGUAUUGAGGAAGACGUUCCUGCCUCGCCCGAACAACUGACCGCGUCGGAAGAAGUUCAAGAAGCACUAUUCGACAAUUCCAUCGAACAGCCCAUCGAGGCUAGUGAGGAACAAAGGGAAGAGGGUGAGCAAGAGGACGAAGAUGGCGAGGAGGAUGGAGAUGAGGUAACUGAAGUCCCCGCUUCCGAAGAGCAGGAUGACGAAGCCGCCGCUUCUGAAGAGCAGGAUGAAGGAGCCGUCGCUUCCGGAGAGCAAGAUGAUGAGGAGGAUGAAGAAGCCGCCGCUUCUGAAGAGCAGGAUGAACAAGAUGAUGAAGAAGACACCGCUUCUGCGGAGCAAGAUAAACAGGCGGAUGAGGAAGACACCGCUUCUGAAGAAGUAGACGAACCAGCUGUCGAAGCCGUUACUGAUAGUCAGCAGGAGGCGGACGAAGAAGACGAUCAGGACGAGAAGGAAGCUGACGAAACCACUAGCGCUGAGGCUGAGGAUGAAGAGGAGACUGAGGACAGUGUAGUCAGUGCUGAGGAAGAGGAAGAUGAUGCUGAAGAAACUACUGACAGUCAGGAAGUUGGUGCUGCAGACGAUGAAGAUGAACACAAGGAUGGUGAAGAAGAAGAUGAUGAUGACGAAGAGAAUGAAGACGAAGAGGAGGAUGACGAUCAAACUGAGACACAAGCUGCUAGCGAGGAAGCUGUGGAGGUGGAUGAUACAGAUGAAGAUGAGGAACAUGAUCUGGAUGCAGAAGAUGACGAUGAUGAUGAAGAUACUGAAACGAUGAGCGCUGAAGCAGAGGGUCGUAAUGAUGAGAUUGACAAUGAAGAUGAUGAGGAAGGAGACGAUAAUGAUGACAAUGAUGAUGAAGUAGACGAGGAAGAUGACGAAGGUGAAGCGAGUGACGAUGAGGAUGAAGAAAAGACUGAAACUAGUACCGAGACCACAUUUGAUAAUGAUGAUGACGAAGACGAGGGUGAAAACGUAGAGAAGGACACUCAAAGUGCCGAAGAGGAUGAAGACGAUGAGGAAGAGUAUCUGACUGCGAGUCAGGAAGCCGAUGGGGGCGACGGGGAAAAUGAUGACGCAGACGACGGCGAAAAUGGAGACAUGGACGGUGACGAUGAAGACGACGGAACUGGCGUCGAUGGAGAGGAUAAAGAUGAGGAACAACAAUCUGCUGAAGAAGAAGGUGCCGUCGAAGAAAGCGCUGAGACUACAGUAGAUGCGGAAGGUAGCCAAGAAAAAGAAGAAAACGAAGAAGAUGAGGACGACGAAAAUGAGGAUGAUGUGGUUGCGGAUAGUGAGGAGCCAAGUGCAGAGGCUCAUGAAGCAGUAGCAGAAGUAGAUAAAUCUAUCGAGGAGGAGAUAGAAGAACCAGCAUCAGCAGAAAAAGAACAGCAAGCAGAAGUCUCUGAAGAGGUUCCAGUUGCUAGCACUGAGGAAACCGAACCUGUUGUCAGCACAGAAGAAGAACAAGUAGACAACGAGGAAGAGAUGUCAACUGAACAAGUAGAAGCUGCUGUCAGUGCAGAAGAGGAUGAAGAAUCCGAGAAAAUGGAAGCAACUAUCGUUAGCGAGGAAGUUGACGACGAAACAGUAGAAAAGGUUGAAACAAUAUCCGAAGCAGCCGCACCAGUCUCAGAACAAGCAGAGGAAGCAGAGGAACCAGUCACUGAAGAAAGCGCCGACGAAUCUGAACCACUUCCAGAGGAAGAUCUGCUACUGGAGUACGAAAUCCCAACAAACCUUAGAGAUACUUCGCACAUUUACGAAUUGCUCAAUAUUAACGACGAUGCCGCAGAAAAGGAACAGGCUCUCCAGAAGGUUUCCGACAUCAUCCUGCGAGAUCUGAAAAAAGUCUAUGAUAACGCGAUAAAACCUCUGGAAUCCUUAUACAAGUAUCGUGAUCUCAGUAACCGCCAUUUCGGGGAUCCAGAAAUCUUCUCCAAACCACUUGUUCUGUUCAUGGGACCCUGGAGCGGUGGCAAGUCAACGAUUCUCAAUUACCUCACUCACAACGAAUACACUCCGAAUUCGGUCCGAACUGGUGCCGAACCAUCACCAGCCUACUUUAACAUUCUGAUGCACGGCGACGAACCAGAAGUGCUAGACGGAACUCAACUCGCGGCCGAUUGGACCUUCUCUGGGCUCCAGAAAUUCGGCCAAGGUCUUCUGGAUCGUCUUCGUAGCCAAAAGCUUCCGAAUAAACUACUCGAACGGGUCAACAUUGUUGAAAUUCCCGGCAUUUUAGAAGUACGCAAACAAGUUUCGCAGUAUUUCCCCUUCAAUGACGCUUGUCAAUGGUUCAUCGAUCGGGCGGACAUUAUUUUCCUGGUGUACGAUCCCUCCAAGCUCGAUGUUGGACCAGAAACUGAAGCUAUCUUGGAUCAGCUCAAAGGAAGGGAAUAUCAGACCCGAAUCCUUCUAAACAAAGCCGACCAGGUGAAACCGGAAGAACUUCUACGUGUGCAGGGUGCUCUUAUCUGGAACAUCUCACCCCUGAUGUCUUCGGCUCAACCACCGGUCAUGUAUACAGUCUCACUUUGGUCGAAUCCUUUCGAAUCUGGAGCUCCAGUCCGUCUGCUUCAGGCACAAGAACGCUCUUUGUUGCUCGAUCUAGGACAGGCUAUCGAUAAGAGAAUCGAAAACAAGAUUGCGAGUGCACGUCGUUUCGCUGUUCGUGUGCGCAACCACGCGAAGAUGGUCGACUGCUAUCUAACGACCUAUUACAACCACAAGACACUCUUCGCAAACAAGAAGCACAUUUCCGACCAAAUUAUUGGCAACCCGCAACAAUACCACAUCUACGAAGGCCUGUCUACGCUAACUAAUAUCUCUCGCUACGAUUUACCUGACCCAGACGUGUACCGUGACUUCUUCCAACUGAAUCCACUGUACGAGUUCAAGAAGCUGUCGGAGACGUGCACAUACUUCCGCGGCUGUCCUAUCAACAGGCUCGAUAUUGCAAUCGCGUACGAUCUACCCGAACUAGUGGGCAAAUACAAGAAGCUGGCCGAAGAGGCCCUUGGGAAAUUCCAUCUAACAUCUACAACUACUGAUUUCGGACGAGGCAAAUCAAGCAGUUGAGUGUAAACACGAUAUGGGCGGUGAAGUCUCCAAAAGAACUUCCCCCACGAAUUAUUUUUGUUUCGUUUUCACUCUGUACAGCAGUUGAGUUUUUAUUUUUGUUUCCAAUUUGGUUCGUUUAUGUAAUUAUAGCUUAAGGUGUAGUCCACAAUUGCACACAUUCACACAAUGAUCUACAAACUGUUGAGGAGGCAAUUAAUCUUUAAAAACUGUAACCUGACCGCGCAUUAACCAAAACGAAUGUUACCAUGAUUAUAAUUUCUAUUUCUGAAUUAGAAUAGUUUUCCGCAUUUUCACAUGAACGUCCAGCAUUAGGUAAACAUUUUUUUCCGUUACAUGGUGUCGAAAUGUCGAAACUGAAACUUAUGGAAAGCGACCAAACAACGAUGUGUCGCAACGCAGUUCAAUUUGAAGUAAUCGAAACAGUAUGAAUUUAUCAGCAGAUGGAACGUGUCAGCAUUUAAUUGCAGUUUGAAUGAAGUUGUGAAUUCAAAAUUGUCGCAAAUAAAAGAUGAAUAUCAUCAGUGUUGGAGAUUG